GUCACUCAAUGACGUACAACUGUCAGGCUCUGCAGUGUACCUAACAGUCAAGCAGACGGACAACGGCUGUACAGGGAGUGUUUGUGCGGCUGCCUACUGAGCAUCGAUUAAACUGCUGAAUUGAGGGAAAACACCGACUUCACGAGGUCGUGGGAUCGAAAAUUAUGUUCCACGCGAGGAGUAUAAGUCCUUUGAUCUCAGCUGUGGACACGGUGCUAACUUUGAAGUGCUAAAAGAGACUCAUUCGUCGAGUUAAAUUGAACUUCAUCGAUUGCGGAUGGUUCUUUUGAAACACUCAGCUCAAGUCGAACCAGGAUUAAAAACAGCGCUUUUGUUCCUGGACUCCGUGUUCCUACCACGAACAACGUGGAUGCAUUUGGUUUUCUACCGUUUCUAACUUUUUUUUUAAGGCAGCAGCGGUGCAGGCUGUUGUGGUAGAGGCACACAUUAACGGCGGCUAAUUUUAGCAAGCUAGCUAGGGACGUUAGCUGGCAGCCUCGCAGUACAGUAAGUUUGCUCCUGUCAGGACUUUGAGACUAAAUCCAGCAGCUUUUAGAGACAAUGCUUUUUAUUCCGUUAGCAACAGGUAGACUUGCUUGCUAUCGCGAAGAAGCAGUAAUAAAACAUUAGAAAUCGAGGCACUUACGAGUUGUCCAGAUGAUGCAGCCUUUGGACACAGUCUAACCCCCAGUACCUAGCGACCAUGUUGGAUUACACAGAAUAACACACGACUUGGAUAAGGGGGACGAGCUUCAAGUCGCGCAGUUUGGACUCCGUGUUUUUGUGCUGAUGCGAACAGAAGAGGAAACCUUUCAUUUUAACCUCGGGAGAAAAUAGCUUUUUUUUCUGAAGUCCUCUCGUCCAUUCCUGCAUCAAAAUGUCGGCCAUCUCCGCAGCCGAGAAAGUGGAUGGGUUUACGAGAAAGUCCAUGAGGAAGGCCCAGAAGCAGAGAAAAUCCCAGGGCUCCUCUCAAUACCGCACUCAGAGCGCUCCGGUGGAGCUCUCACCGCUGCCGCAGCUCAAAGAUGCCCCCUCCACAGAGCAGCAGGAACUGUUCACCCAGAAACUCCAGCAGUGCUGCAUUCUCUUCGACUUCUUUGACUCGGUGACGGACCUGAAGAACAAGGAGAUCAAGAGGGCCACGCUUAACGAGCUUGUGGAGUACGUCUCCACUAACAGAGGGGUGCUGGUGGAAUCGACGUAUCCAGAGAUCACUGAUAUGAUCUGCACCAAUAUAUUCCGCACUCUUCCACCAAGUGACAACCCGGAUUUUGACCCAGAGGAGGAUGAGCCCACUCUAGAGGCUGCCUGGCCUCACGUUCAACUGGUCUACGAGUUUCUCCUGCGCUUUCUAGAGAACCCAGACUUCCAGCCCAGCAUCGCAAAGCGCCACAUCGAUCAGAAAUUUGUUCUUCAGCUGUUGGAGCUGUUCGACAGCGAGGACCCGAGGGAACGAGACUUCCUGAAGACCAUCCUGCAUCGCAUCUAUGGAAAGUUCCUGGGGUUGCGGGCCUUCAUCAGGAAGCAGAUCAACAACAUAUUCUUGCGAUUCAUCUAUGAAACUGAGCACUUCAAUGGAGUAGCUGAACUUCUAGAAAUCCUGGGGAGUAUCAUCAACGGGUUUGCGUUACCUCUGAAGGCCGAGCACAAGCAGUUCCUCAUGAAGGUGCUGAUCCCGUUACAUACAGCUAAAGCGCUGUCUCUUUUCCAUGCACAGCUGGCCUACUGUGUGGUCCAGUUCUUGGAGAAGGAUCCUACGCUCACUGAGCCGGUGAUCCGAGGGCUGCUGAAGUUUUGGCCUAAAACCUGCAGCCAGAAAGAGGUGAUGUUCCUGGGUGAGAUCGAGGAGAUUCUGGACGUCAUUGAGCCGACACAAUUCAAGAAAAUCCAGGAGCCGCUGUUUAAACAGAUCUCUAAAUGUGUGGUCAAUCCACACUUUCAGGUAGCAGAGCGGGCGCUGUAUUUCUGGAACAACGAGUACAUUCUGAGCCUCAUCGAGGAGAACAUCGACAAGGUCCUCCCCAUCAUGUUCGGUAGCCUGUACAGAAUCUCCAAAGAGCACUGGAACCCGACAAUCGUGGCUCUAGUCUACAACGUCCUGAAGACUCUGAUGGAGAUGAACUGCACGCUGUUCGAUGAAUUGACUUCCUCCUAUAAAGCAGACAGGCAGCGGGAAAAGAAAAAGGAGCAAGAGAGGGACGAGCUCUGGAAGAAGCUGGAGGAGCUGAGGCUCAACAACAGCGGUCUGGUCCAGAACAACAGCCACAAGCUCCUGAGUGUCCAGAACAACAACAACAAUAGCAACAACAACAACAGCAACAACAACGACAGCGGUAAUGAUGAUCAUGAGAACCAGGACAAGAGUGUUAGCGCGGCUGAGGUUGCCAUGGAUGACAAAGAUCCUGAUGCCAGUGAAAGCGACCCCUGUGCCAAAUGACAGCGGACACCAAUUUCAAUCCCUUUUGGUUUUCACACCUCGUUCAGGACUGUCAGGAGAUGAUUAACAGAGACAGAAAGACACAAAUUACACCUCAGCAGUAUAUAAAUCUAUUUAGAAUGACCUAGAGCGCCAGCAUUUCUUUGGCAAAAAGAAAAAAAAAAUCUAUAUUUCAACUUAAGACUAUUUUUGAUGUUACAGUGUGGCUGCAGUAAAAUGUUUGAUCAACGAUGUAUCCCUUCACAUUUAGUUUCUUAAAUGAAAAUGAUUUGUUUUUGCUAUAUUCGUUGUAAUGUACAUGCGAGGGGAGGAGUAAUGACUUGAAUUCAAUGUUUCCGAUUGUGCUGCACUUAGACAAGCUGAUUAGCUAUUUAAAGAUGUCUAUUUUUAAUGUGCUUUUUUCCUUGUUGCUGCCAACACUCGUGUGCGAACCUUAAAGAAGAAGGUAAACACAGACUUUGGGAGUAUUCGGGGCAGACGGGACCAGAUCCAUGAUUAGACUUUUAGUGUCCAUUAAUGUGUAGUAAAGGGCUGUUAACAGGAAACAGAGAGAGGACAGUGACAUGUAGAGGAUGACAGACGCUUGGCCAAAUAAAGAAAGAUCCUAAAGAAUACAAUCCCUGAUGGAGAGUGAUAUCCCUGUAAGUGACUCUAGUCGGGACUUGGAAACUAUUCACAAUUACAGUAAAUAUACAUUUUUUUUGUUUCAGGUGUUGGUGAAUAUUUUUGUAUCUGAGUGGAGAUAAUAAUUAUAAUCCAACACCUGCGGUUAUGAGAUUAUCUACACUAAAGUACCCAGAAAGACUGAAAUGUUUUCAGCUGACUGGAAUUAAAGGAACGGUUUGACAUUUGGAGACAUAGACUCGUUGGACGAGGGGACAAAUAUGAAGCCACAGCCGCAGCUGGUUAGCAUAGCUAGCAACAAGACUGGUGUCAGAAACACUCAGCCUGAAACUGUUCAAGCCACACUCAAACAAUCGUUAGAACCAGAACCAGGUUUAUCUUCUAAAUUCAGGCACGUCUUGGUCAAUCAUAUACAAGCAAACACAUUUCUGUUCCGUUGUUUUGACACAAGAUAACUAUUCUUCUGUUUCCAUUUUUAGUGAACAAAGAUUUACAAAAACACUUUCCAGAACGGUAGAAUCAUGUAUUUGAGUUUUACAAACAUUCUAAGUGUUUUUUUGUGUUUGUUAAGCUUUUAGAUGCAUUAACAUGUUAUGAUUAAUAGACCUCCUGGAUCUUUUAUCGUCUCAAUAGUCACUAAAAUAUCAAACAUCAACACAGCCAUGUGCGAAGCUCUAAAGCAGUGCUGUUUUCUUGUCUGAGUCCUGGUUAAUGAAUUUAAAUCCACUAAAUAUCACCUCAAAAAGUCAUCAAAUGAAUUUCCAUAUAUAUUGUUAAUAAAUCUGUACAAUAACUGAAGUGUAAAAACAACAAUUUCUAGUUUCUCAAAGGGUUAACCAGCGAGGUAUCUCUUGAGUAGCUAAUUUUGUUGAUUAAACAAACAGAAAAUAAGUUUGAGACUAUCUAACCAGCUACUGGCUGUAGCUUAAUUCUUUUACCCUAGUCGUGAGAGUAAUAUCAAUUUUCUCCCCCAUCAGAGAGACACAUUAGAAAAGUAUUUCUAAAAACUAUUUUAUUAAAAGCCGUGGAUUUAAGGGGUUAAACAUAGAGGACAGAUAGUAGUAUAUUUUUCCACAGUAUUGAGAGGGCAAAUAUGUUCUAUUUUACAGAUGGCUCAUGUUUGAUAAAGGAUGCGCUUCAGUGUAUAUUUGUUGAGUGUGUUUAUGUGUAUAUGUUAGUAUUGGGGCUACUUAAAGGGAAAUGCCACUCAGUUCAAGAAUAAUGUACAGUUUAAUGUGUCUGUGGUCUAACGAGUGCAGUCAGUGCUUAGGAACAUAAAAGGUUCCCCAUUAGAGCUGGAAAGCAAAUGAUGACACACCACUUCUCCAGUAUUUCAGCAGACAAGACGUUUGAUUUGGUGUUUGAGUUUUUAUAUCCAAAACGCAUCUCCCGGCUUUAUAACGACCUCACAUCCGCUUUUAUUUUCCAAUUUCUGACGUUGGGGAUUAAUAAAUGUGUUCAUGAACUUAAUCUUACUGCCAUAGAUCAUAGGAAGGACUAUUUAAAAUUUGAAAGGUGUUCCCUCUGAUGCUGAGUGUGUGCUCUGUCACUGUUUGAGGUUUUUUUUUUUUUAUAGGUCCAGUCUCUUCUGAUGCCUUUACUGUCUGUACAGCAUUCCAACCUCUGUGACUGCGCAGGGGAACCUGUUUUAUAAUCGCAGAUCUUAUUUAGGUUUCACCAUCAAAUAAAGUCAACUUUAUCUUUCUACUCAGA